UCACAGAAAUAAUGGAGGACUGUCUUUUCUACCCCGACCGAUGAUGUCUGUAUUUCUACUUUAAAAGACUUGACCGAGGACAAAACGACUCGUCGACACUUCAUUCAACAGUUGAGGUUGAAGUAUCAAUCUCAAGAUGACUGCUGACAUGCCAGUCCAAAGCGUAGGCUCCAGGUUAAUGACCUUCACGCCCUCCAAAGAGGAGUUCAAGGAUUUCAACGGGUACAUUGCCUACAUGGAGUCAAAAGGGGCACACAAAGCUGGAAUGGCAAAAGUGAUUCCACCUAAAGGCUGGAAACCAAGGCGGUCUUAUGAUGAUAUCGAUGACCUGGUUAUUCCCGCUCCAAUUCAGCAGGUGGUGACUGGCCAAUCAGGACUGUUUACACAGUACAACAUCCAGAAGAAGCCAAUGACUGUACAUGAGUUCCGCAAGACCUCCAACACGGACAAGUUCUGCCAUCCGAGAUAUGUGGACUUUGACGUGGAAAGAAAGUUUUGGAAGAACCUGACUUUUAACCCACCCCUCUAUGGGGCUGAUGUCAGUGGAACACUUUAUGAUCCA